GAUUUUGUCUAAUGCUGGAAGGCACUGAUCAGAAACAGAUGGGGAAAAUCCUUUUAUUUAGAUUUACAAAAUUUGUUACUAAGGAUAAAAUAGGUCAAGAUCUCUAAAUUCAAAUACCAGCUAAUCUAGCUAAUUCCUUAGUCGCUAAUUGUUAAAGUAUGAGCAACAAGCAGUCGAUGGGGUCUCGCCGUGGAUCGCACAAUAUGCGAACCAUACGCACCUGUGAUAUCGGGACUCUGGACACUGAUAUUAUCCACACACCAUACGAGUUAAUGCGACAAAGGAAUUGCAAAACAGAAAAAGUCAUGCAAUGGGAGCGGUAUGCCAGCAUUCGACCUCCAGUAUCCAAAUGCAGUAACGACCAAACCAGGAACUAUCUGUCGGAGUCUGUCGAUCAGGGAGGCUGUUUGGAUCCCAGUACUAGGGGACAGGACGCUGUCAGGAUCUGGCAAUUGAGCCCGCACAAGAGCAAUCUGAAGUUCUAUGGAGUGGCCGAUGGACUUAAAUUACCAGAGGCUGUUAAAUUCAACAGGACUUUGACAACCAGUUUAAAACAUGCAAACGGCUCCAGGAGACCAGCUCCAAAGCCACCGGUUCCACCAGAGCCAAAAAGACCGCCACAGCCCGUUUCCCUGUGUCAGCCCUAUAUCCUCAACCAGCAGACCCUUAAGGAGGAGCUUCAACGAAUGCCCAUUGCCCGCCAGAAACUUAAUCCCAAGGAGGCUUUUAGUACGCUAUUCUGCGAGAAGCGUGAAGAUCCGAUGGACCCUCUGGGAGUGAUGGCGGCAACUAAUCAAAUCAUUAGUCUUAGAGAAGCUUUGGAUAUGGCGAAGCCGGAGAUACCUCCAAAGCACGGAUUGCGACGUAAGCACUGGUACUGCCCUUCAAAGUGUGGUGAGCCGGAAAACAAGUGCACUGUCUUUGAGUGGGCACGGUACAAAUUGAACCCGCAACCCUAUGACAAAGCAUUCUUCAAGUGGUUCCAGGAUCAGAAAGUGCAACUGGAGAGAGAACCCCACGACUAUGAUGAGCUGUACAAGCGGUUCCAAGCCUGCUUUGAGGAAAAACCUCAACCAGAUCCCGAAUGUGUUGCCAUGGCGAAGUGUUGUCCGGAUAUGAUUAAGGAAACGAAAGAUGAAUGUGGAGUCGGAGGAGGGGGCACUGGCAGUGGAGGCGGCGCACACAACACAGAAGAGGGUAAUGGCCAACCGGGUUCUGGUGUAUCUGGUCCUGAAGGUGUACCUCAGGCGGGCAAGGACAAAGAAAAAGAAAAAGAAAAGGUUAAGAAAAGCGGCGAUCUUGGAGAUACUGAAAAAGAUAAGGAAACCGAUAAAAGUAAGAACACGGGGAAAGAUAAUGAGAAGAAUAAGGAGGACAAAGAAAAGGAAAAGGAUAAGGGCAAGGAUAAAGUGCAGGACAAGGAUAAAGUGAAGGACAAGGACAAGGAUGCGGACACUGAUAAAGGCAAGGACACAGACGAGGAUAAAGGCAAAAAUAAAGCAAAGGAUAAAGGCAAGAGCAAAGAGGAUAAAAAUAACGAUACGGAUCAUAACAAAAAAAAGAAAAAUGUAGCUGAUCCUGAUCAGGAACAUAUGAAGCCCAAACAUCCUGGCAAGCAACCGAAGCCGCCGAUCGAAAACACAACCGAUACGUCCACUCGCGACUUAUCCUCCUUUGUUUCCAGGGAUUCAGGCAAAAUAUCGAAUCAGGGAGAUAUUAUCAAGCAGGAAGGAGAUCCUUCAGCUAAAGAUGGAGUGGAAGACAAGCCGACACAACCGUCAAGUACGAAACCGCAUAACAAGAAGCCGGCGAGCAAGAAACCACCAAAAGGGAAAACAGGCGAGGAAAAGCCCCAGAAGGCUGACGAGAAGGAAGUUAAAGAGUCCUGCCCACCUUGUCCUCCAGUGGGCUGCGCGUGCACAAUUUGCGACUGCCUCUAUGGCACGAAGAUUCCAAUUUCCCCGAAGAUGCAAUCGAUUAUGGCCGAGGAAAAACUUCGCGAAAAGAGAGAAUACCUUCGGCGGAUGCGGCACCGGGCGUACAUGGAGUGCACUGGUGAAAAGCCACUGGUCCCCCAGCACAAGGUAGAUCCCAUCAGCUGCGACAACUGCUUCUGUCUAAAUCCCAAGAUAUCCGAGUACUGUGAGUGCUUGGGAGCUCUUCAACACUUGCAGCGGCUCCUUGGAAAGGAACGUCAUAGGAUCGUAAACAACGAGCUUAUAUUCAACCUCGAUGAUCUCCGGCAGCGAAUCGCCAACCGUAUGUGCAAGUGCUUCUGAGAACUGUGUUUUGGCUUUUUAGUGUAUUUUUCAAAAUUUGACAAUUGAGUAAUAAAUAUUCCCUUAAGAAGCA